AUGGCGAGACGAAUUGGCACCAGGGUCAAUGGCUGGUAUCCAGCUGGGGACAUCGUUGGUCGGUCAGGUCAUUUUUUUUACGACGUGGCGGCGGAAGGCGACGCAUACAUCUCGGUCAACUCGCCAUUCCAAGUCGACGCGACUGUAUUGGUCCGAGUCUCUACUCGCGCUCUGGGUCGCACUUCACAAUACUUCCGCUCGCAGUUCAGUACUCGUUGGGCACAGGGACGCGUGUUCACCACUUCCAACCCCCUCGUGCUAGAGGAACGUUUCACCAACUUUGUCACGUUUCUUCAUUUCUGUCAUGAAGGUGAUGUGGUCCGCCUAUCGUCCAGAGUGGAUCUGAAACAGGUCGGCCUACUUUGCGACAAGUACCUCUUCGUUGGCCGCCUCCCAUCGUGGUGUUUUGAGUCGCUCAAUGCUAGGCUUCCAAAAAAUCCCCCGUUGUUCGGAUUCACAGCCAUGCUGCCGGUGACCACUACUGCCGUGCAGUCGCUUGUACCCAACACCCUGUUAGAAAUCCUGCAAAUUUCAUACCUACUCAACCUGUGUGGCAUAUUCGCCAAAGCCUCUCGGGCAAUUAUGUGGUCGGUGACAUACGGAGAGAUCGAAAAGCUGGGCCCAUUGGAUGUUGCCGGGAUAUCUGACUACGCGGAGAACUUCAGGAGAGAAGCGCUACGGCUAAGAAGGGAUCUGGUCUCGAGACUGCCCACGGUUUUCUAUCCGGAUCACCAUGGUGAGGGUCCAUUGGGUUGUGGAAAGUGCGCCUCAGCCACGCAAGAUCAAAGAUGGCAUCGUGAGGUCAUAACCAAGAACAUCAAUUGGUUGCGGGAGGAUCGGAGAGGUGAGCCCUUCCUACAAAUAGGAAGUCUAUUCGGCUCCUACGUCAAGGAUAUGUACGAUCUGCCGAAGCGCCAGCAGGGCAACAACACGAAUCACCUAAAUAUUGAUUGUGGCCGCUUUCGGGUAAGACAUUUGGAUGUCACUCCCCCAGAAACCAUUUGGCAGCUCUAUCAAGCCAUUGGUGGGCUCUGUCUCCCAUGUGUCAAGUCUGGGCACUUCAAGUUCCAGACGAGCUGCGACUUACACGAUGUCGACCUCUGUUUCCACUGA